AUGGCCUCUUUUAUUAAUAUUAAUUCGGAUACUGAUAAUACCUUUGAAGAAAUUGAUUUUAAUGAAAUAAAUGAACAAAGUGACGAUGAUAAUAUUGAAGAAAUCGCUUAUUUUACCAAAAAUUUAACUGCACGGCAUAUUCAAUUUUCAGCUGUUUCUGUUGAAUAUCUAUCUACUGAUCCUGAAGGUUAUGCAAUCCAAUACUUACAAAGUGGUAAAGACGGAAGUUCUAAUGUUAAUUGUCCAUUUUUUGAUGAAUCUAACAAUAAAAAAAUACAACAUACUAGUGUUGAUUUCGAUUCAAAUAUUUUUCAAACCAUUAAAAAUGCUGAUGAAUCUCGAACACCUAAAAAAAUACCUUGUCCAUAUACUCAAGCUAAUGAUAUUCGAUGUACUGGUGAUUUAGUUAUUAAAAAAAGACGAACACAAGCUCUUAAUUCAAAUGAAUUACAAUCAAAUAUUAAUCUAAAUAAUGGAUACUUUCUUGGUUGUAUAUCUUGGAAGUAUGAUGAUAAUAGAAAUCCAGUAGAAGCUAAUUUAAUUCAUUUAUCAUGUGAUAUUACAUUUUAUCGGCUUACUCCAGUAAAUUUAAUUAAAUAUUCAUAUGUUGCUCUUGUGAGUGUUGGUGAACAUACCCAUCCGCCUCCACCACCUAGUCAUAUUUCAGAAGCUAUUAAAAAUCAUAUUAAUAAAAUGAUUAAUAAUGCUUCUGAAUAUUUGGAUCAUAUUACUCCACGAAAAAUUAUUUCAAGUAAUCUUGUACAUGCAUAUUUUGGAGUUAAUAUAUUAUCUGAAAUACAUGCAUUACUUAAAAAUUUAGAUCAGCUUCGAUAUUUAGUUGAUCGUAUACAACAAGCUAAAAAUCCAUAUGGACAAGGCAUUCUUGGAAUAGUAUAUAAUUUUUGGAAAAAUAAAAAUGAAAUUUACUUUUUUGAUGAUGGUCAUAUAAUGAUUCUUUGUAUAACCGAAGAACAAGCUAUUAAACUUUAUGAAGCAAAAUAUUUUCAAAUAGAUUUGACUUAUAAAACUGUACAAGGUGAAAUAAAUAUAUUCGAGCUUAAUAAAUAUGAUGAAAAUCAUCAAAUAAUAUUAACAUAUGCUAGAAUUUUUAUGAAUAUUUCUGAUGCAAAUGCAUAUAAGCAAAUGUUUAUAAUUAUAAUUGAAGCAAUUAAAAACUUAACAAAUAUGUCUGUAAAGAUUAAACAUAUACAUAAUAAUGGCUGGAGUUGUAUUUUAGGUGACUUGGAUCUUGCACAAGCGAAAGAGCUUGGGUUAGCUUUAUCAAAUAUUGAUCCAAGUUUAAGUUGGACUGAACAUCUUGUUCAUAUUUUUAAAACUUGUCGCUUACAUUAUCAAAGUUUAAACCAACAUUGUUCCAAAAUUGAUACUGAAAUUUGGUGUAUAGUUGGUGAAACAACUAAUAUAGCUGAAUUAGCACACGCUGACAUUAAUCGUGAUGGAAAAGAAUUAACACGAAGACUUGAUAUUCAAAAAUUUACUACCUGUAAAAUUCAAGAUAAAUAUGGAAUAGCAAAAACUGGAAAAAAUAAUGGGCAAAUAUCUCAUGCAUCACAAUCAAUAAAGUGUUAUGGUAACUCUACCAAAGAUAACUCACUAAGUCAAUUAGAACAACAAAUUUUACUUGAAGAAUGGCAAUUAGAAAUCGAAGAAAGAAAGGAGAAGCUUAGAGAAAAAAAGCUUCAAAAUUAUGAAAAAGCAUGUGAACUAGGUAUUGAGAAAGAAUUAGGAUAUGAAGAUUAA